AUCCAGGUGGGUGCCCUGAGAGAUCACAGAUGCAAGGCCAGAAAGGACCAUUCUGAUCAUCACGUCUGACCCCUGUGUAGCACGGGCCAGAGAGCUGCCCCCAAGAAUUCCUGGAGCAGAUCUGUUAGAAAAACAUCCCAUCGUGAUUUGAAAAUGGAUCCAUCAGGACCCAAUGGGCCUUAAUCACCAUCUCAGCACCCUAAGAAAUCCCAGCCAGUUUUAGCCCUAGGCUCUGACUGAGAGAGCAAGAUGGCGACGGGCGCAGAUGUGCGGGAUAUUCUGGAGCUGGGGGGUGUGGAGUCAGAGAACACGGGAACCAUCAAUAAGAAGGACAUCAUCAAUUCUGAUAAGAAAAAAUCCAAGAAAUCAUCUGAGACGCUGACAUUUAAGAGGCCGGAGGGGAUGCACCGAGAGGUUUAUGCGCUUCUCUACUCCGAUAAAAAGGAUGCGCCUCCUCUGCUGCCCAGCGACACGACGCAGGGCUACCGCACAGUCAAGGCGAAGCUGGGCUCCAAGAAAGUGCGGCCCUGGAAGUGGAUGCCUUUCACCAACCCCGCGAGGAAAGACGGGGCCAUGUUCUACCACUGGAGGAGGGCCGCAGAGGAGGGAAAGGAUUACCCCUUCGCCAGGUUCAAUAAAACAGUGCAGGUGCCUGUGUACUCGGAGCAGGAGUAUCAGAUGUACCUGCAUGACGACGCCUGGACCAAGGUGGAGACAGAUCACCUCUUCGACCUCUCCCGCAGGUUCGACUUGCGCUUCGUGGUGAUCCAUGACCGCUACGACCACCAGCAGUUCAAGAAAAGGUCAGUGGAGGACCUGAAGGAACGGUAUUACCACAUCUGCACCAAGCUGGCCAACGUCCGCGCUGCUCCAGGCACCGACCUGAAAAUCCCCGUCUUUGACGCCGGCCAUGAGAGACGUAGGAAGGAGCAGCUGGAGAGGCUGUACAACAGGACUCCAGAGCAGGUGGCAGAAGAGGAAUAUCUGAUCCAGGAGCUCCGGAAAAUUGAAGCCAGGAAGAAAGAGAGAGAGAAGAGAACCCAAGACCUGCAGAAACUCAUCACCGCUGCCGACACCACCACCGAGCAGAGGCGAGCGGAGCGCAAGGCUCCCAAGAAGAAGCUGCCCCAGAAGAAGGAGACAGAGAAGCCUGUAAACAUUUCUUGUCUUCGCUGUCACUGGGCUGUUCCUGAGACUGCUGGCAUCAAGUUUCCCGACUUCAAAUCUGCAGGUGUCACGCUGCGGAGCCAGAGGAUGAAACUGCCAAGCUCGGUGGGACAGAAGAAGAUUAAAGCCCUGGAGCAGAUGCUGAUGGAACUAGGAGUAGAUCUCAGCCCCAUGCCGACGGAGGAGAUCGUGCAGAUGUUCAACGAGCUGCGGAGCGACCUGGUGCUGCUCUAUGAGCUGAAGCAGGCCUUUGCCAACUGCGAGUACGAGUUGCAGAUGCUGCGUCACCGGCACGAGGCGCUGGCCAAGGCGGGCAGCCUGGGCCCUGUCGGCAUGGAGGGGGCCCGCGCAGACGGGCAGGCCGGGCUCAGCACGGAGGAGGGCAAGGGAGACGCCAAGGACCAGAUCAUCGAUGUGGUUGGAGCACCAUUGACCCCGAACUCAAGAAAACGCCGGGAGUCGGCCUCCAGCUCCUCCUCCAUCAAGAAGGUGAAGAAGCCGUGAGCCCUGUCGGCGCAGUGCGGCCGGCUGGGUCAGCACUGGGCCGCGACUUCAGACUGGGAGCCGGGCAGGGAAGGGCCUUGCCUGGGGAAGGAUUCCAGCCAGAGCCGUUCCCUUCCCAGCACUGCCUGCCCCCACACCCCUGCGCUGCCAGCAGGCCUUGGGGUGACGCUGCUUCCUGCCCCCAGCAGUGGGGCCGCGAGAGCUGCAGAGAAGCUGGGCAGGUGGCUGGAGCCGUGUGGGUGGCCAUGCUGCACCUGCGGGCCUGGCCCGGUGGGCUCUGACAUGCUGGAUUUGUGUGUGUCCUUGUAAAUACAGCCCUGUCCCCCUGCC